AGACUUUUAGUAGCAAAUGUAUCAGAGGGUGAAAGUGAGUGCUCAUUUUUUGAUAAAUAUGCCUCUGAAACUCACAUAGAAAUGAAUCGAUAGCAGUCGCAUUUCACUCUGGCAUGCUGCGCAGAGCUAGUAUAGCCUAGAAACUUUUAUAUUUGCUUAUUAUAAUAAAAAACACAGAGAUGAACUAAUACUUUUGAGCAUUGGUAAUGUAAUAUAUUCUAUAUGGCUGUAGAUACCAUUACGUGUAUUUUCACCUAUUUUUCUUUCUAUCCCACUUUAUGCAAUAGAUUUAUAACAACAGAAUGAAGAUGUAUCACACAUAUUUACUUGUGUACAUCCUUAUCAUUGGAAUCUACCUUCCUUGCUUUUUAUCAGACAAUUCUAAAAAUGAAAGCCAAAUUAAUGAAUCCUACAAGGAAGAUGAAACCAACAAAUACACUUAUACUGCAUAUAUUAUAGCAGGAGUUGCUCUUGUGAUAAUGUGUAUACCAGCAGCAGUUGGAUGGUUUCUCUAUUAUAAACUGAGAAAAAAGACAACUGUGUAUGAUGAAGAAAAGGCGAUAGAGCAGUCUAUGCCGCCUAAAUCUAAAAGCACUAAGAGGACUAAAACGAAAAAGAAGAAAAAGAAGAAAAAGAAUCAAGUGAAUAAACCAAUGGAAACAACAAUGAAUGUGGAGAAACUUGCUGAUGUUUCCAUAAAACCUAGUCCUACUGAAGAGCAAAUACAAUCUAAGGAAAUACCCCAAAGACCUUCUGAAGUGAAGAAGAAUAGGACAUUUCCAGAAGAGGAAUGUAUGGGACCAGAUCAUGAAGAAUAUGUGGUACCAAGAGACUUUUUAACUAUAGAAAAUGAACAUUUGGUACCAGACAAUGUUUGUGUGUCCCCAACUUCUUCAGAAUUCCACCAGUCUGUAAAACCAACCCAGAAAGGAACUCCAAGUAAACCUAAAUAUAGGAGGUUGACAAUUUUGGAGUGGAUUGAUGAGACCACAGAUGAAGAAGAUGACGAACAGACAGACAUGGAACAAACACUUCAGGCACCAGAGAAAGACAUUUCACAGUUUACAGCUGUAAACAUUGUUCCACAAGUUUCAGAAUCGCAGAAAGAGAUAUCUGUGGUUCCUGAAACUAACAUGGCUUCGCCUCGUGAGUUUGAGAUCCAAAUAGAAGAUGAUGAUGAUGAUGAAGAAGAAUGGGUUAGCAAACCCACAGAUGAUAUUAUAAAUAAAAAGUUUAACAAGGACAUAUUAGUGACAGUCCAAAGAAAAGAUGUUGUUGAUGAUGAUGAUGAUGCUGAUGAUGAUUAUGAUGAAGAAGAAUGGAGAAGGAAUCAAAUAGAUCUGAAAAAACAUUGUGAAGAUGUUAAGAAUAAAAAAUAUAAGCAGCCUCCGGAAGUUGAAGUAAUUAAGAUUGGAAUAGAAGAUUAUGAUGACGAAGAAUGGAUUAGCAAACCCGUAGAUCUGAAAAAACUUAGUGAAGAUAUCAAGAAUAAAAAAUUUAAAAAGCAUUAUCAAUGGACAGAUAUCCAGAUUUUUGAAGAAGAUGGAGACGAUCCAAUAGAUCUAUCAGAUCUAUCUAGUGAUACGGUUCAAAUGCUGCAAGAACAUAUUCAGAAUGACUCAUUUAAAGAAGGAGAAUAUCGAGUUAUGCGUUUUGAAGAUUUACAAAACACAAUAUAUGUAACAAAUUUACCUAGAGCUAAGGCUAAAAUGAUCAUAAAACAAAUGAGGACUGCACCUGUUGAAUCAGUGCAGGAUUAUUUAAAGGCUUUGGAAGAACCUGAAAGGAAACCAAUUAAUUUAGACAGUGAUGAAAUUGUUUGUAACUAUCCAGAAAAUACUAAUUUCAGAGAACCUGAAUCCUUAAAUAUUCUGAUAUUUGAAGAUGAUAGAGAAGAUCCAAUAGAAUUAUCAUCUCUACCUAAGGAUACAGUUGAAAUGAUUACAGAACAUAUUCGAGUAAAGCCUUUUAAAGAAAGAAAGUAUCAAAUUGUGCUCUUUCAGGAUAACGCAAAGGCAAUAUAUGUAACAAACUUACCUAGAGAACAGGCUAAAAUAUCUUUAAAAUAUAUAAGGAAUCUGCCUGAUGAAUCACUGUACGACCAAACAAUACGUUAUCGAAACCUUAUAGGAAUGAAGAAAACGAUCAAAGCCUUACUAUGAAGAAUAUUGGUGACAACAAAAUGUCUAACAAAUAGUUUUGGACAGUGGCGGGCCAAGCCGACCGGGCGCCCUAGGCAACCCAGUCGGCCCCCUUGCAUCGCAACCCCCCCUACGUGCGUUCUGGCGCGCAUGCACAGUUUUCGUGCGCUCACAGGGGCGGUGGCGGGGGGGGGGGGUUGCGAUACGAAACGUAAUGGAAUACAGA